CCUUUCCUGUCCCUUUUCUGAUCUCCUCAAGAUUCAUACCACCUCAUGAGUACUGUACUACAAAAUCUGCAAAAAUCUGCACUAAACUUGGCGAUCAAGAUUCUCUCUCUCCGCUCUCCGGUCGAAGUCAAACGAAAUAGGCUGUUGCCCUGCGUGAUCGGCUGAUCCUACUGGCCAGUAGAAGUGUAUAAACCCACAGGCCAGUAGCUGCUCUGCUGCAUCGAGACAUCAGAGCCGAAGAAACCAGCUCGCGAAUGGACCAGGACCAAGAACAGACACAGCCAGCCGCGGCGAAGGCACCCGUGGAGGUCACGCUCCGGCGGUUCGAGCUCUCCGACGUCGAGGCCAUGAUGGCGUGGGCGUCAGACCCGCAGGUCGCCGCCGCCUGCCGCUGGGACCCUUACGAGUCCACGGAGCCGCUGCUCGCCUUCAUCCGGGACGUCGUGCUCCCGCACCCGUGGUUCCGCGCCGUCUGCCUCGCCGGAGAGUCCCGGCCCGUCGGGGCCGUGUCCGUGACGCCGACGGACGACCCGUGCCGGGCCGAGCUGGGCUACGUGCUGGCGCGCUCGCACUGGGGCAAGGGCGUGGCGACGGCCGCCGUGAAGCGGACGGUGGCUACGGUGUUCGGCGAGGUGAAGGGGCUGGAGCGCGUGGAGGCGCUCGUGGACGUGGCGAACCCAGCGUCGCAGCGCGUGCUGGAGAAGGCCGGGUUCCGGCGGGAGGCCGUGCUGCGGAAGUACGCCGUGCUCAAGGGCGCCGUCAGGGACAUGGUCAUGUUUAGCUUCAUCGACACCGACCCACUGAUCUCCUGAUUCACGCGUUCGUGGAUGUAAAAACGCAUUGCUUGCUCAUGUGCCUGAGCGUGUGAACCAGCUGCUGCAGACUUGCUGCUGAAUGCAUCGGCGUCUCAGCCGAAUCUUCAGUGCUGUUUCUUUAGUUUGUUCCUUCUUUUACGGCGCAAUUUACUGGCCAUCCAUCAAACAGCGUUCGAUUUUCGCGAAAAA